UAACCAGUAAUGUGGUGAUGAUGGCUGCGGCAUGGGGUUGAUUGAUUAGUAAGCCUCAAAGACAAUCCUUGAAUCAAAAGUGAGAUUAAGCAGCAAUGGCAGUUCUUGGUCUACAGCUGGUGUUCAGUAUGGUGAUGGCUAGUGUUCUACAGAAGCUGACGCCGCAUUUUUCUUUUGGGCGUUGGCUUCUGUGUGGAAGACUAGUGAGAUACCUUCAUCCAACAGAUGAUGAACUAAAAACUCUUGCAGGUACACCUAAGGAUGUGGGGAAAGGGAGAAGCAAAAAGAAUGACCACAGGAGAGGGGCACCACAGAAAUACGAACCUUUCACAGUUCCAAGAAACUUGGACAUUCAACUGGACACUGCAGUUGUCAGUGACAUAGAUGUCAUGUCUCUUCAUUAUUACACAGAAUACCAGUGGCUGGUGGACUUUUCUCUUUGCUCCGCCUUUAUCUACAUCCUCACUGAGAUUUACUAUGCAAUAUUACAACCAGAUCAGGAAUUUAACCUCAGUGUGUGCUGGUGUAUCAUGGUGACUUUGUUCUCUCUGAAGAUAUUGUACUCCCUCACUGCUAUGUAUUUUCGCACUGAUGACUCUGGGGAGAGGAUGCUAUGUAUAACUUUUGGUUUCUUUUUCCUUGUGGCAGCUAUGGGAGUGCUUAUUGUUGAUGAAGACAGACUUGAGUUUGGUUUGAACCCAGCAUAUAAGAACUUUUCUGGCAGCGCCACUGAAUUUAUGAAAUCCCAAGGGAUUGUAUCAAGAGGACCCAUUUCCCAGAUUGUUUUCAAGAUUAUCAUUGCAUGCUGUUGUGCGAUUUUGGGAGCUUUCCUUACUUUUCCAGGAUUGAGAUAUGCAAAGACCCACUCUGAUGCACUUAAAUAUUCAAAGGAGAGUCCAUUCAAGCUAAUGCUGUUGCAUCUUAAUUUUAUCAUGCCACUCCUGAUUGUAUUGUUGUGGGUUAAACCUAUUGCCAGAGAUUUCUUUACAGAAAUGAAACACAGGAGUAUGGACAGACCGUUACUGACUCCUGAAGUUUUUGAAACUACAAGAAUGUUGAUCAUUAUUGCUUUUUGUCUUUUACGCAUUACCCUCUUGUCAGCACAUUUGCAAUCCCAUCUGAAUAUUGCAUAUGAAAGAAUCACAAAUUUGAAAAAGGAAUCGGGUAGAAUCAGUAAUAUUGAUCUCCAGAGAAUGGUCACUAGGGUUUUUUAUUACCUGUGUGUUGUGGCUUUACAGUAUGUCGUGCCAGUGGUGUUGUUACUCUUCUGUGUUUUCUUAAUGAAGACACUUGGAGAUCUUUCGUGGGAUAGCUUUCUAGACAUUGACUGGUCACUUAAAACCCCUAUUAACAGCAGCUCUGGGCCCAGUGUUUCUACCACUCCUGAUACUGAUGGCACAUCUAAUGCAGCUGUUCACAUUGCUUUGGCUCUUUCUGAUUUGAGAAAAGUUUUCACCCCAUUGUUUUUUAGAGGUGUCAUGGCAUUUUUCUGCUGGUGGCUUUGUCUUGUGAACUUCACAACAAGUUCAUUUGGGCUGAUUUACUACUCAUACUUCACAAAUUAAAGAUGUGCUAAAGUGUUAUGAUUGCUUUGUUGUAGGAUCUUUAUUAUACAUCUUCAUAUGUGAGAUUUUUUGUACAAUUCUAAUUUAAAAAGAGAUUGCAUAAACCUAUUAUUUAUAAACUUUAAAGAAUGAAGUUUUCAUUUCCUUUUGCAAGCUUAGUUUUAUCUUUAAAUACACCAGCAAGCACUUUAAAUUCCAAGAACACACACUUCAACAAUUUAUACAUUUGCAUUUCCUAUGCAUGUUACCCUAUUUUAAACGAGUGAAAACUUAGUAAAUUCAAUUAUUUUAAGGUGAUAUCCAACCUAGGUGCUUACUUAUUGUUCACUUCAGGGAUUGUGAUUUUCAGAUUAAAAUAAAAAUUAGUUUAAACCGA